GCUUCGCUCGAGCCAGUCACAAGCUGCGAUGAACUCUAGUUAGGUCUGUUUCCAACGCAGGAAUUCUUGUUGUACGAUGUGCUGUGUAGUGAGGUGUGUGAUCAAGUGCUGACCCGUGUACACAAGCUUUCAAGAUGCAUCAUAGACAAAAACUCUGUGACAAACUUAAGAGUGGAUUCCUCAGGAAGUGGUGUAACUUAGGCUUUACUGGAUUUGAGCCUGUCACGACGAUGGCUGUGAAAAGUGGAGCACUCUAUUGCACGCUGUGUAGUUCGGAGGGACACAAGCAAGAAACCGACAAAAGCAGGCGUCAUGUCUGCAUCUUCUGGGUUUUGUUGACUUUCUCUUCGAUCCUGAAUAUGGACGCAGUUGUUCUUUCGAAACAUCUGCUCCUGUCCGACAUAUACACCGCAGAAAACAGAAGGCUGUGUUGUUCAGCUUGGCCUCCUUUAGAUUUAACAGGAGCUGCUGUUGACCUGACUCCGUUUCCCAGCAACGGCUCUAGAGUGGCUACUCUACCUGCAUCUUCUAGUAGACACCAAGGAUAUGAUACUCCGACGGUAGGACUAGCCCGCCGCAAUGCCGCCACCUGUACACAGGAAAACACAGACAUACAUGCCUUGAGUGAAAGUAGAGCCUGCGAUUCCAGCGUUCGAGCGAGCGAAAACAGUUCACACCUUAGACUGUGCUGCCACCAUGAUCGGUACAUUUUCUUUAAUACGAGAGGAUAUUUUGGGGAACUUGAGGAAUAUGUGUCUAGAACAGCCCUACGUGCAGUUACAAGGGUUGUAAUCCUGGUCGCGCUGGUGCUGAUAUUGUUUGGCGCCAUCGUGACUGUCUUCUUCCCCUCGUGGGUCUCCUUCUUCAUCGAGAAAGAGAUCGUGCUGAGGAAUGGAUCCCAAACUUUCGAGUGGUGGCGCAGGCCUCCAGUGAACCCCAUCAUCAGGAUCUACGUGUACAAUGUGACAAAUGCUGAGGAGUUCCUGAACGAGGGCAAGAAACCAGUGCUGGAUGAAUUGGGGCCGUAUGUUUACGAGUACACUCUGGCUGGGAGUUUUAUUGAUAUCUACACCAGUCUGGGCCCUAGGUACACUCUAGCCAUGAGGCUGGUUGGUAUAUACACCGGUCUGGGCCCUAGGUACACUCUGGCUGGGAGUUUUAUUGAUAUCUACACCAGUCUGGGCCCUAGGUACACUCUAGCCAUGAGGCUGGUUGGUAUAUACACCGGUCUGGGCCCUAGGUACACUCUGGCUGGGAGUUUUAUUGAUAUCUACACCAGUCUGGGCCCUAGGUACACUAUGGCUAUGAGGCAGGUUGAUAUCUACACCGGUCUGGGCCCUAGGUACACUAUGGUUAUGAGGCAGGUUGACAUCUACACCGGUCUGGACCCUAGGUACACUCUAGCUAUGAGGCUGGUUGGUAUAUACAUCGGUCUGGGCCCUAGGUACACUUUGGCUGAGAGUUUUAUUGAUAUCUAUACCGGUCUGGGCCCUAGGUACACUAUGGCUAUGAGGCAGGUUGAUAUCUACACCGGUCUGGGCCCUAGGUACACUGUGGCUAUGAGGCAGGUUGACAUCUACACCGGUCUGGACCCUAGACCACUGAAUACGAUGUUCCAGAGUGCAACAUCUCAGAGCAAACAUGCUGCCCGGUUCUUAAGAUUGGCAAUGGCAUCCAUUAUGGAUAUUCUUAAGAUUAAACCAUUUGUGGAGGUGACAGUUCAGCAGCUGCUCUGGGGGUAUGAAGAUCCUCUGCUGAAGCUUGCCAAGGAAGUAGUGCCCAAGGAACAAAAGCUCCCAUAUGAAGAAUUUGGCCUGAUGUAUGGGAAAAACAGUACAUCUGGAGACAAUGUCACUGUGUUCACUGGAGGCAAUGAUAUCAGACAAUUUGGCUUGAUAGACAAGUUCAAUGGACAUACACAUUUGAUUCACUGGAAGACAGAGAAAUGCAACAGACUGAAUGGCAGUGAUGGUUCGAUCUUCCCCCCACGCAUCACACAUGACACCACCCUCUAUGUGUACGACAAGGAUCUCUGUCGUCUGCUUCCCCUCAGGUUCCUACGUGAAGUAGAUACUGCUGGUGGAGUGAAGGGCUACAGAUUCACUCCUCCAAAAGAUGUAUUUGCAGAUGUGACAAAGAACCCAGAAAAUGACUGCUUCUGUCCAGCAGGUCCACCCUGCUCCCCCAAUGGGCUUUUCAACAUCAGUCUUUGUCAGUUUGACUCACCAAUAAUGUUGUCUUUCCCACACUUCUACCUUGCUGACCCAAAGCUGCGAGAAGCUGUGGAGGGCAUCAGCCCACCUGAUCCAGAGAAGCACCAGCUAUUUAUUGAUGUUCAACCUCAAAUGGGUGUAGCACUGGGAGCUCGAGCAAGAAUUCAGCUCAACUUGGCUGUGAGUCAGGUAGUGGACAUAAAACAGGUGGCCACCUUCCCUGACAUUGUGUUCCCCAUUAUGUGGUUUGAAGAUGGCAUUGAUAACCUACCAGAGGAAGUGACAGACCUCUUGAGUCUGGCAACAAAUGCUCCAGUUAUUGCCCGUGCUGUCAUCUCAUAUGGACUGUUUGCUGUAGGGGCAAUAUUGUUAGUCAUUGCAGUGACCUGCCUCAUUCGUAGUAGUGGACGCCAAGAGACUCUAAACCUUGAGGGAACCAGCCAUUAUGUGAAACCAGAAAAAAAGCCGUCAGCCACAUCAGGACAUUCUGGUGCCACCAACGGUCACAGCAACGGGAAAGGCAAGACACUGGAGACUUUAAACCCAGCAUUUGUUGGAGGCCCAGAGAAUGGCACUACAACUCAAUGAAUGUUGUGGAAAGAGUCAAUGAACUGACCAGUGAAGUAUACAGUAUAUCUUUCAACCAGUUAUGUGGAAGCCAUCAGCCAUGUUGAGAGGUAUAACGUUUUUUGAUCUUCAGGAACUGCGCUGGAAUUUUCUAGGUAUUUCUUAUAGAUCUGAAAAUUGUAAUAACCUGACCAUCUGUUGUAGAUAUCAGAAGAAUGGAUCCUUGUUGGAACAAAUAUACAUUUCCUAACAGAAGCAACAAUUUUAAGAAUAAAUUUUAUUUUUACUCCAAAUUAACUUGUCUGAACUGUACAACUCAUGUGCCACGCAAAUGGUUCAGCUCUCUGUUUUAUUGAACAUUAUGAAUGAAUAUUUUCUUGUGAUGCAGUAGAAGCUUUGUGAAUGAUAAAAUGAAUGUCAUACUCAACUUAUAAGCCACCAAGACAAUUCCUGGCAUCUUAGUUCUGUUUGUGAAUUCUUGUUUCCCUUGUAACAACUCACUUACUGGUGCUGACAGAAUUUGUAUUACAGGAAUAUCAGCUUUGUCUGAUUUCAAAUAUAACAGACUGGAAUGCUCACUUUUAUCAUGAGGACCAGUAGUUAAGUUACAUUUUAUUUUGCUGUAACAUUGUAGUGAGGACAGUUUUAAUUUUACUUCAUAUUAGUUGGUAUAAUAUCCUGUUUGAGUAGCAUUCCAAAUUAUCUUCUCACUUUAGUAAUCUUCACUACAAACCAACACAAUUAUGUAUUUACCCUGUGUGUACUGUUAUUUUAGAUACAGAGAAAUUUUUCUGUUAUGCUAGCUCCAUCUUACCUACUUUCUCUGCUUGAGGUCAGUGAUACUAGACUUUGGGCGCUAUUCCAUCUGUAUAGCUGAUCACAGUGGCCAUGCUCUCUAAGGCAUGAAAGGUCUUCGCCUGUUUGAACACUAGGAUCGUGGGUUCAA